GAGUGAUUCGCUUCUCAUUCAUGCACGUAUACUAACGUCUUGUAGACAUAUCCUUCCCACCCGUACGCAGUGUUCACCCUUCCCUUGAGCUGAUGGCCACCAUUGUACAUGCUUGCGACGAUCAGGAUGUCGCACUGUUGGAUUCCGUCGUAGACUGCAAGAUUGCUCGAGCCACAGAUGCGGGCCACACACAAUUGGCCGCAUACGUGACGGGCGAGACAGUCUCUCACCUGAACGACGCAAUAGAGCAUUUUCAAUUGGUUAUGGACCAGUGUCCGGUCAGCCAUCCGGAUCAUGCAACGGCUCUCACCAACCUCGCGUGGGCCCGCCUCAAAGGCUACAUGCGAAAUGAUUUUCAAGACAUUGGUGCCACCACUUCCCUCUUCCGCGACGCCCUUGCAUUGCGUCCGCAGCACCAUCCCGAUCAUCACUUAUCUCUAUACAAUCUCGCCCGAGCGCUGAUUUGGCGCCACUCCAAGAAAGGUACUGCUGCCGACAUCCGCGAAGCCGCCCAACUCUAUCAGGAGCUACUUCCUCUCUGUCCAGAGGGCACCUACCUUCGCAGCACCGCGGCAGGGAAAAAUGGUGUCGAUUAUGUGAUCGACGAGUGCAACCGUCUUCCAAUAGACGCAUCCGAUGAAGGCAUCCACUUUCGAAGAGUCGUUCUCGAACUCUGUCCUCUGGGCCAUCAACUCCAUCCCAGAACCCUCGACGAGCUUGCACAAGCACUUCAAACACGCUUUGAUCAGCAUGGCAGCAUCGAUGAUAUUGACACGAGCAUACAACUUGGUCGUAAAGCCGUGUCUCUGUGCCCAGAGGGACAUCCUGAGCGUGAUGCCUACCUGAACAACUUGGCCGACUCACUCGUGUCCCGCUUCGAUCACCAAGGGAAACCUAAUGACCUCGAUGAGGCCAUCUCUUUGCAUGAAGAAGCACUGCGCCUGUGCCCUGUUGGGCACAAAUAUCGUGAUUACUCAUUGGACAACCUAGGGGGCGUCCUCGUCGACCGUUUCAAGACACGCGGCGACAUUGAUGACAUCACCCGAGCUAUCAGCCUCCGUCGCGAGGCACUGACGUUGUGCCUACCUGGGCAUCCACGUCAUGACACCACGCUUAACAACCUUGCCCUCGCUCUCCAAACCAGAUAUAACGAAUCACAUGUUAGUGAGGAUCUUAACGAGGCCAUCGAAUUGUAUCGCGAAUCUCUUCGGUUAAAGGGGCUUGACCAUCCAGGGCGCCCCACAACUCUUUUCGGUUUGAGCUCGGUGCUCUGCUCUCGUUUCACGCAAACUCAGAAGAAUGAAGAUGUCGAGGAGGCCAUUAUUCUUUGCCAACAAUCAUUGGCAGCUCUGUCUUCACUGCACCCGGACAGGUAUUUCAGCUACAUAUGGCUGCAGGAGGCUUAUUUGUCUCGUUACCGGAUUCUGCAUGACCCUGCUGAUUUGUCGCUCGCUAUAGAGAACUUCAGACUUGCAUCGGGGCACCCCACUCAAGGAUUCCCAUCACGCAUUAUAAUAGCAUACAACUGGACCGUAGCCGCGGAGCAGCAUGGUGAUGAAUCCGCAUUAGAGGCCUACAACACGUGUUUCGACCUUCUUGAUCGUCAUUUGGCAACGCGAUCAUCGACAAUUUUACGACGCGAAGCUGCUGCUGUCUUCAAUGGUGUCAGAUCGCUGCCUGUAGAUGCAGCCUCAUGUGCCAUAUAUCAUGACAAUCUACGACAGGCAGUUGAACUCGCAGAGCGGGGUCGUGGCCAGCAAUGGUCGCUGGCAUCUCGACUCAGAACUCCAGUCGAAGACCUCGAGUCGGCAAAUCCGACACUGGCCCACAAUUAUUUGGAGCUGAGCAAACUCGUUUCCAAUGCAGCUCAGAGUUCUGCAACCAUCACCGACAGAGCUGCUGCCGAUCGGGAAGCAAUGGAGUAUAGGGGACUUACAAGGCAAUGGGAAGCAGCGGUAACUGAGAUACGCAAUCUUCCGACGUUCUCGCGGUUCCUGCUUCCACCUUCAUAUGAAGCCCUCCAAGCGGCAGCGCGGCAGGGCCCGGUCAUCAUCCUCAUUGCGAGUCAAUACUCGUGCAGCGCCAUCAUCGUCCCGACGUCAGGAGACCCCCAUCAUGUUCCUUUGCCAUCCAUCGCUCUCACAGAUCUGAAUAUUCUUAAGGAUCGCUUCGCCAGGGCAAUACGAGAUUCAUCUCGGAUGAAUCCAGGGGAGUUGAGGACGGAUCUCAUAGUGCUCUUGCGCAUAAUAUGGGACCAGAUCAUGCUACCCAUCGUCGACGUACUCGAGCACGUCCUCAAACUACAGCGCCGCUCUCGCAUCUGGUUGUGUCCGACUGCAGCUUUCACGUCCAUCCCUCUCCAUGCAGCUCACCCGUUUCAAACAAAGGCGGAUCGUUCUGGGAAGGAGCCAUGCCUGGAGGAUCUCUACAUUUGCUCUUACACGCCGACACUUUCUGCUCUGAUAAGAUCUAGACAGCUGAUGAAGAAGCGCGUGCCUCCGUCCUUUGUGGCCAUCGGACAGGGUCAACCGGGUGCAGGGAAAGGCAAGGCGUUAUUGGCCGUCGACAGCGAGCUCGAACUUGUCCAUAAGCUCGUGCCUGCGACUGCCAACCGCACCACUAUUUCUGGCGAUGAAGCCACACGAGCAGGUGCACUCUCAGCCUUGCAGCAGAACACCUGGGUGCACCUUGCUUGUCAUGGCAAGCAGGACCCUAAACAGCCUUACGAUUCGCAUUUCGUCAUGAGAGACGAACAUCUGACGCUGCUCGAUAUCAUGGAGAGACAUAUUCCGCAGGCCGAGUUCGCGUUCUUAUCGGCUUGUCACACCGCUGUAGGCGAUGAGGAGACGCCCGACGAAGUGAUCCACCUCGCAGCUGGUCUCCAGUUUUCAGGGUUCAAGAGCGUCGUUGGCACGCUGUGGGAGGUCGACGAUGCUGUCGCGAAACACGUCGUCGAAGCUUUUUACGGGUAUAUGUUUGGAGAUUUGAAGAAAGGUGGUGUCAUGGACUGCACGAGGGCAGCCUGGGCACUCAACUGUGCUACGCACGCGGUGAAGACGAAAGUGCCGCUUGAGCAGAGGAUGGUUUUUGUUCAUAUUGGUGUGUAGUUCUACGUCUUAUUGCUGUCGUCUGGUAUAUAUUCACAUGUUGUUGAUCUGCGAUCCUCUUUUAUUCUGUUGUACAAAAAUGACCCUGAUACAUAGAAGCAAGCACUCAAAUACUGUAGGCAUGA